AGACCUCUCACAGUCACGGGGCGCCGGCAGCGGGUGACAUUCUCCGAUCAGUUCACCGGCGAGCCCCGAAAAGCCACGGGGCUGGACUAGCCCGGCCCGGGCAGCAGUUAGAUAGGCCGGCUCAUCCACCCGGCCACCGUUCCCGAGCUUUCCACCCGUCGCGUCGCCCUGUUUUCCCAACAGUCUCUCGUAUAAACCCUGCUGCCUCCAUCGUCUUCCCCACGUCGAAUCAAUCCAAUCCGAUCCAGCACAGUACAUUCCAUUCCAUUCCACCAAGAACUAUCCAAGAUGGCUCGGCGUGUGCUCGGGGUGGUCGCCGUCCUCGUCCUCGUCGCGACGGCGACACGUUGCUCGGCGCAGACGACGACGAUGACGAUGCCCACGUGCGCGCCGGUGCCGCUCAGCCUGUCCCCGUGCAUCGGCUACCUCUUCGGCGUCGGCUCGGCGGCGCUGCCGUCGUGCUGCUCGCAGCUGCAGGCCUUCUUCCAGUCCCAGGGCCCCUGCCUGUGCGCCAUGUCCAAGCUCGCGCCCAGCCCCUUCGGCCUCGUCCUCGGCCAGGUCCAGGGCAUGAUCCCCAACGUGUGCAACCUGCCCACCGACCCGUGCGACGAUGUCUUUGGCGCGAGCAAUUCGACGGACGACUCGGCGACCCCAACCGCAAAGGCCACGGCUCCAGAGGCGGCACCUCCGGCAGCUACUCCCGCCGAGCCUGCAACCACACCGGAGAGUGCUGGUGCGACUGAAGCUCCACCGGCAGCAGGUGACGAUUCUCCGGCUGUUGCCACGAAGACAGGACAGGUUGCUCCCCAAGCAGCUGGACCAAGCACCGAUUCACAGGGGAUAUCAAAGCUCCCAGAACUGCUGCACGCAGCAGGCGCGCCGAGCUCUGCCGCUGCCACCGUGCUCAUCAGUGUGUUUCUUGCCUAUGUUUCGGCCAUGUUUGUGUAAACCCCCAUAGCAGCCAUUACCGUAAUACCAGCGAAUGUAUCCAUGUACCAUACGAGGAGGCGGUGUAGAUUCAGGCCGCGCCCGUGUUACACCAUGUUGCAGUGAAAAUGUUACACUUCAUGUGUUCGAAGCAAAGCAAAAUGUUCUAGGGUUUCAGAUCCUGAUGGGUUACAACAA